GAGCUCUCAUCCAACAGAACACAUGGCUCUUUUAAAGAAAAUUAACCAGAUCUUACUGUUACUUCUUGUCUUAACUGUGUGUGCCAUUCUGUAUAACAAAGUUCACCAAGUGCCAUCUGCAUUAAAGAAUGAAACAGUAUUUUUGUUUCUCAUAGUUGAUUUGGAGAGUCCUGAGGAAAUAGAAGAAGAAAUCCCAGUCGUAAUCUGCGCUGCUGCGGGUAGAAUGGGUGCAGCUAUAGCAGCAAUCAGUAGCAUCUGCAGCAACACAGAGGCUAAUGUUUUGUUCUACAUAGUUGGGCUGAAGACUACCAUCCCGCAUAUUCGAAAAUGGAUUGAAAAUUCUAAACUGAAAGAAAUAAAAUUUAAGGUUGUGGAAUUCAAUCCUAUGGUACUAAAAGGAAAAAUCAGACAAGAUGCAUCGCGCCCUGAGCUACUGCAGCCUCUCAACUUCGUUCGAUUUUAUCUUCCUUUGCUUAUCCAGAAACAUGAGAAAGUAAUAUAUUUGGAUGAUGAUAUCAUUGUUCAAGGUGACAUCCAGGAACUGUACGAUACUAAGUUAGCUCCUGGACAUGCUGCAGCUUUUUCAGAUGAUUGCGAUCUGCCUUCUACACAUGAAAUGGUUAGAAGUGUAGGGAUGCAGAACACAUACAUGGGAUUCCUGGACUACAGAAAGCAAGCGAUUAGAGAUCUUGGCAUCAGCCCCAGCACCUGCUCCUUUAAUCCCGGUGUAAUUGUUGCUAACAUGACUGAAUGGAAACAUCAACGAAUUACAAAGCAGUUGGAAAAGUGGAUGCAAAGAAAUGUAGAGGAAAACCUCUACAGCAGCACCCUUGGGGGAGGUGUGGCAACCUCUCCAAUGCUGAUUGUAUUUCAUGGAAAGUAUUCCGCUAUUAAUCCUAUGUGGCACAUAAGGCAUCUUGGUUGGAGUCCUGAUACCCGUUACUCAGAGCAUUUUCUUCAAGAAGCUAAAUUACUGCAUUGGAGUGGGAGGUACAAACCUUGGGACUAUCCCAGUGUUCACACGGAUCUCUGGGAAAAGUGGUUUAUUCCUGACCCUUCAGGGAAGUUUAAGUUAACUCGUCCUGACAGCUGAUACUGAAACCACUUAAAUGCAUCCAUAUGCUAUGUUUUGCAGUGUGUAAUAGUUUGAGAGGCAACACACUGUAUAAUUAACUGAUUUUAGAAAACUAAGUAUUUGUUAAAUAUAUAAGUAAAUGAC